AUGCACCAGAGCGCAGCACUACUACGAAGAAUUCUUCAUCUGCGCUUGACCCAGCCCCGACGCUGGCUGGGUACAAGAGUGCGUUUCGCCGAAGGUGGAGGCUGCAGCGUCGAACACGGCGACGGCGACGACGACUGCACCGCUCCUCCAGGUCCGGGACAAGUCGCCGUGAAGCUUCUGGCGGCCCCUUGCACACCGGCGGAUCUCCGCGCAGUAGCGACUCGGCCGCCGCCGCCGCCGUCACCGAACCAUCAUGCCAGCGGCAGUGGGCUCGAGUUCCCCCGCACCAUCGGCGGAACCGAGGCCCUCUGGGAGAUAACUGCCGUCGGGGGGGAUGUUUCCUCCCUCCGCCCGGGCGACCUCGCGGUGCCUGUGGUGGCGGGCAACGAUCCCGGGAACGGUGCUAGGCAGGCAGCAGGGACGUGGAGGACAAGGGCAACGCUGACCGAGGCUUCUCUCGUGAAGGUUCCGAUAGGGGGAUCCGGCGCAGCGGCGGCAGGGGUACUAGAGGAGAAGGGAGGCGAUGGUGGAGGGGUCGGGUUUGAGGUGGCCGCUCACUGCUCGGUUUCGGUGGCAACGGCGAUUCGAAUCCUGGAAGAUUUCGUGGAGAAGGAGCUGGGGGCCGGGGACCGUGUCGUUUUCACCGGAGCUUCCUCCGCUGUGGCGCAGAUUCUGCUGCAGCUUGCGGCAUCACGGGGGCUCGAGAGCGUUUGCCUCGUCAACAGCGAGGAGGAAGCCGCGCUCGCCCUCAAGCUUGGGGCCUGGAAAGCGACCCUGCUCAAAGAGUUCAAGGCGAUGAGGAUGGAUAACGCCUGUAUAGUAGCGGACGGGGAGGGGGGCGUGCUGGGUUUCACAGCUGCGAGGGCGUUACGGUUCCGGGGAUGUUUCGUCUCGUACGCCGACCUGUCGGGAGGUGGAGUCAGCCUCCCCGUGGCGGGCCAGAUUUUUUCAGACACCAAGUGCAGGGGCUUCUCGCUCCGGAGGUGGGCAUCGUCACGGCCGCCGUCGGAGAAGAGAGAGCUCGUGGAGCGGUCACUGGGGGUGGCGGCCUCGGCGGGGCUGCGGCUCGAAGGGGCGAGGGAUUUCCCACUGAGGGAGGCCGCGCUGGCGAUCGACACCUUGCGGCAAACGGGAUGUCCCGUAUUGCUUCGCGGUUCUGACUAG